UUGAAGCAUUCGUGUGGUUUCAGGCUUAUCAGAUAUAAUCGUCUACGAACAAUCGCGUACGAUAAUCGUUUGGAUUCCCUUCGUAUUCUGCACAAGCAUCCUAUACAGAAUGUCACCACUCCCAUCUCUUGUAUGGAUAUCGACCAGGUCGAGAACGCUUUCCUUCUCUGUGGAGGAAUAUCAGGGAAACUGUACUUGUCCAACCUUUACUUCAGCGAUUUCUAUGGUCCGGUUGCCAAGGAGGAUUUCACGAUGCCAUCAACGUUUCGACACAAACAUUUCGUGACUGGUUGCCAGUGGUAUCAUGACAUUCGUCUCUUUGUCUCUGUCAGCUCCGGUGGAGACCUGACGGCUUGGGAUCUCACCAAUCUGAGUGAGCUGGAGACAUACAGAGUCUGUGAAAAUGGGAAGUGGAGACCACAGCUUCACUGGAAUGAGGUUGAUAGAACUAAUCCACUCAUAGCCGUUACAAACGGAUCAAAUCAGAUACCUCUGUAUGAUUUGAGAGUAGGAGAUUUGGCUCAAGCAGUGCGAAGUAAAGAUACCAGUGUCGUGAGAGCGGUACGCUGGUUGCCUCAUAAACAUCACAUUCUGUUUUCUGGAAACGAGAAUGGUGUUGUUGCGGUGUGGGAUACUAGAAGCAAUCGAACUGCUCUUCUACGGAAAAAUAUAACCGAAGGCAAUUGUAUCCGAGCCAUGCGUCUCACAUCCGAUGGAGCUCAUGUGGUGAUGGUUCUAUAUACUGGCAUUAUUUUGCUGUAUGACGCUGUCACAAUGGAACGCUUAGGCACGUAUGAGUUACGCGAUCGUCGAAAGUGGAGUGAAAAAAUGUCGAACGCCCUCGAUCAUUUCGCAGUAAGUGAUGAAGGCUCUGCUAUCAGAGUGGCUCUACCUAUAGGCGAAGACAUAGUUUGGAUUCGUUUCUCAAAGGGCUUUCGUGAGGAAUCCCGCGUUUUUCACUGUUCCACUCUAUCUGGUCAUUUGUCACGUGUUAAUGCUUGCGUCUACAGAAAGGGCUCUCAGCAACUAUAUUCUGCGGGGGCUGAUCGUAAUGUACUCUGCUGGGCUCCAGAAAGUGAAAGGAAUCGUCUUCAUCUGGAAGCUGAGACAGCUAAAGCAACUGCCCUGUCGAGCGAUUGGAGUGAUGACGAUUGA